CUCACUAUUUUACCAUCUUCCCCACUUGGACACGGAGGAGGAGGACGAGGAGAAGAGGACCCUCCCUCACUUCGCAAAUGGUAUCGCCGCGCUUGACUGGGAUUGACUACCAUCCUCUCCAGGAAGCUGCGAUUGUAGGAGGCUGAUUCGGCUGCGUAUGGAGAGAGCCAUCCGGGGAGCUACGAGGCGAAGGGUUUGGUGGAGCAUCGAGGUUGGGUGCGGCGGUGGGAUAUGGAUGGGGCGAAGAAGCGCAUAGCUGCAGCGUUGAGCAAGGGAUGGAGAAGGGGGAGAUUGUGAAGAAGAAGAAGAGGGAGGGCGGGGUAGAGGGGAAUCAUUGUCACGCAGGGAAACUAAUGGCGGAAAGAGGGUUUUGGGGUAAGGAAGAGGACAGAUCGCGUUGGAGAAGUGAUAUAGGCGUGUGGUGAUUGAAUUGAAUUGUGUUGGGGUGGGUGGGAAGUGGAAUUGCGGUGAAGGGGUUGGAAAUUCCGCAAUGGAGGUGAAUGCGCAGGUGAUGCAGGCUUUGCUGAGCACGGCGGCUCUGCUUCUUCUGGUCAUCUCAAUGCGUGCCACGCAGCUUCUGCCCGCGGGCCGGGAGAGUGACAAGAUUGUUGAAGUUGAGCUUCCAGAACGCUCAUUGGCAAUGCUGCCGCCUGAGAGUGAGACGAAAAGGAUUGCCAUUACGUUUUACACUGCACCAGCUCCUUUUGAUGGAGCUGAGGGAAUGCGGCAGAAGUUGGCUAUUCACUCUUGGCUGCAUCUAGAUUUACGCCCGGACGUGGUUCUCAUGGGACGACAUCCUUCGCUCAAGACUUUCGCGGAGACUUUACAACCCUAUGUCACCGUGGAUUCGGACAUUGAUAUCACGUUUAUGGGAAAUCCUAUGUUUCACAGCAUGAUUGGACGAGUACAGGCUUCAAGUUCAGAAAUUGUCGUGCUUAUAGACCCUAACCUGGUUCUUCUAAACGAUUUCACCGCCGCGAUCACAAAAGUGAGGGCAGUAGACAGCAAUUGGCUGCUUGUCGUGAAGCCUAUACACACAACCAUAUUUCCGUUUGAAUUGCAAGGCUCCUCAGGGUCGUGGUUACAUAGCGAUGGAUUGUACGUCGAGCCCGAUGAGGUGCGGAAGAUCGUGAGACAAAAGGGCUCUAGCGGCGACUGCUAUGGUCCAGGGCUCUGGGCAUGGAACAAAGCUGAUGCCCAGUUGCACGCAGGAGUAAUUCCACCUUUUGUUUACGGAAGUGGUCAUCACAGUGAGUGGCUUUUGACGGAAGCCCUAGUUUCCAAGUAUCGCACCGUUAUUGACGGAAGUGAUGUCAUCACACUCGUUGCUCCUCAGCACGUCGCAAGCCGGAUUUACAAUGGUGAUGGUGCUCUUGGGAGACCAUGGGAUGUGGCAGGGAAUCGUGUCCUGGCUAUGCAGUACGGGUCUUUGUAUUAUAGACCAGCUGAUUUGUCAAAUGUAACCGUGAAGUUGAUCAAAUGCGGGGAAAAGCUCCGGCGUGGUUUGUGUCUCUACAAUAGAACAGAUCUACUUGAGGCCUGCAAGCCACACAAUAGGAAACUCAGACUGGCUCAGAAAGUUGACCCGCAGGCAAGCCGUGAUUGGUUCAAAUUUUCACAAUGGUUUGGACGAAGUUCUUCUGAUAGAGGAGUUCAAGCUCUGGAUUGCAAAACCAUAGCAUCAUUAACAAACGAGUAUGUUCGCUGCCCUCGAUUGACAAAGAAGUCCAUAAAAGUUUCUGAGCUUUGGCUGCCAUUCUCUCUGGAAGCACUGGCUUCAAGAGUAGCCAGUCCCGACAAGGUUAUUAUUCUGUCAGUUGCUGGAGACAGCUACAGGACUAUGCUUAUGAGUUGGGUUUGUAGUCUACGACGUCUCAACAUCUCAAACUACCUUGUAUAUGCCCUGGAUGACGAGCUUUACCAACAUGCAGUGAGCCAGGGUGUGCCUGUGGUGAAAUCAUCACAGACCAUGCGUGUCAGCCGCGACGACUGCCACUUUGGGACGAAGUGUUUCCAAGAAGUUACGAAGAUGAAGUCCCGCACAGUUCUACACCUUUUGCAACUUGGAUUUAAAGUCCUAUUCAGCGAUGUCGAUGUCUAUUGGUUCCAGAAUCCAAUCCAGGAAAUGAUGGCCUAUGGGCCUGGCACUCUUGUAGCGCAGACCGAUCAAUACAAUGAGACUGAGGCAGCCAACUUGCCCCGGCGCUUGAAUUCAGGAUUCUAUUUUGCGUGGUCUGACAGGGCUACAGUUGCAGCAUUUGUCAAGAUAGUGAAACAUGCAAUGACCUCCAACAUGUCAGAGCAGCCCAGCUUCUACGAUACAAUGUGCGGCUUGGAUGGCGUAUACCGAGUAGGGGACGAUAAAUGCGUGGAGCCUGACACCAACGUCACAGCAAUUUUCUUAGACAGAAGAACGUAUCCAAACGGCGCUUCGGGGAAUCAUUGGGAACAGAGGGACGUAAGGAAAUCCUGUGAGCAACAAGGGUGCAGGGUGUUGCACAACAACUGGGUGAGUGGCAGGGAAAGGAAACUGAAACGACAAAUUGCUGCAGGGCUGUGGGACUAUGACGAAACAACACGCAUGUGUGUGACCCACCGAAAGAAAGUUCAAUCCUAGGCACUACAUUCUAGUGCACUGUAAUCUACAGGUCUUGAUUGUUUUUAGUUUGCCUGUCAUUGAGAAAUACAUCUAAAGUUAUUAGGGCUCAAUUUUGACGACAUUUUCCACAUUUUCAUUCACAUUUUCUGCAACAUAGUUUGAAAUUCACAAUUUUGUGGGAGAGAAUGGGCUUAAGUGGGGAAGUGAGUAGAGAAGUUGAGGUUGUGCAACUCAGCAUCUAGCUCUGACUGAAAGGCGGCAUUUGCUUAAAUUAGAAACUUAGAUAGCGGAUUGAGGACACAUUUUGUGAUCAUCGAAUAUUUUUUCUGCAAUGAUCACUGGUUGGCCAGCAUCUUUGUUCCUGCCUGUGUAUAACAAAUAUCCUACUUCUCGGGCUAUUGCCUUAAACUUAUCAA